AUGCUCGCCUACUUCAAGGAGAACAAACUCGAAAUCCUACAACUUCCCCCAACAGCCUUCAGCGAGCUUCUCCGCUCCGUCGACCCAAUCGAAGCCAUUCGAAAAGACAAAGACCCGCUAGGAGAUAUCUGGGUCGACCCAGCCAUGGCCGACUGGUCACCGCUGGGAGUUCUGGUCAAUAAUUAUGGCGCCAGAAAGAGAAACACCGACCUUUACCCGCUCGUCCACGAAGCCGCCUUCCGUCGAUUCCGCGCCGGCUCCCCUCUUCUCUUGUCCGACUACAAGGUCUUGCUACGAUACGCCGGAUCGAUUUCGGACCCCCUCCUAGCCCGCAAGAUCUGGUUCCACAUGAACGUCUCCGAAAAGAUGUGGGAGCGCCAGACGGACCUGUAUGCCGAAUUCCUCAAGGCCCGGUUCUUGACGGAACCGUUGUACACCCAAAAUAACCGGCACGACUUCCGCGUCAAGCCUGUAAACCUGUUUCCCGAGAAGCGGUUCCUGCCGUACUUUACGCCUGACAACCUCUCCCAGCUGAGGCAGAUGAACUUUGACGAGACCAACAAGCGGCUGGACAGAUUUGGGCAGAACCCCGGGGCAGAGCACAAGGUGGAAUACUUGAUGAGGAUGUUACGGCGGAGUUCGCCCGUUGAUCUCGUCUUCGGCACCGCCAGAAACCGGUUACAUCUGCUCUCAGAAGAGUUCAUCUGCGCCGCGCUCAUAGCCUACGCUAGAACAGGUGUGAUGGAAGACGUCCAGUCAGUCCUCUACUUUAACUACAAGAUCGACGUCUCUGGCUCCAUCGAAACCGGCGAUUUGAGCAUCACCGGCGGACGGCGGGACUUCCUCCCCGGUUCACCAAUGGCGCCCACCACCCGUCUUUUACAAACCAUUGCCACCUGUUAUGGGUCAAACGGCAUGAUCGCCAUGGCGUGCAAGAUGCUCGACCACGUUUCUGCGGUGUACCGCCUCCCGAUUCCCUCGUCAGUCUGGUUCGAACUACUAGAAUGGGCCUACAUCCACACCUCUCCGCGCGCAGCAAAAGAGUGGAAGAUCGUUAGCAUCCCCGGUCGCCGCUUACACCGCAACGCAGUCCAACUAAUCUGGGACACCAUGACCUCACCCCCUUACAACGCCACCCCCGGCUUCCCUCAGUACAAAAUUUACGUCGAGUGGCUGAUCAAGAACAACAAGAUCGAGCGCGCCAUGCAAAUAAUGCUGGACCUCGAACCUCUCUACCGCAAACGAGUGGAGGAGUUACAAUCCCUUUACCCCUUCCACGCUCUUGAUCAAGCAGCAUUCAACCACUCCCCAGCGUACGAUACCAUCCUCUGGGAGAGAACCCUACUCAGAAAGGACUACAUAGUCCACACCUUUGCCAAAUGGUUCUCCCUCCUCUUCAAGAGAAUCAAAUCCCCCGUCCACCUCCCCGGUCCCAAACCACCCAAGAUCUUCCCCUCCCACGACAUAAGCACCAGAUUAAUCCCCCAACUCAUCCACGCUUUCCAAGGCCUUCUGCCCGAUACGAUCCACUACGAGAUCCCCACCGGUGUGAUCCGUUUCAAGCGUGGCGUUGGAGCCGCGCAAGGGUUUAGAGCGGAAAAGAGGUGGACGGAAGUCAAAAAGGCGGCGGUGGUGAGUAUGGAUUUGAGGCCGGAGACUGCGAGGGGAUUCAACAGACUUCGAGAAUAUAGUUUGGACCUCAAGGGGGAGCAGUUGCAGAGGGCGGCGGGGGAGACUGUGGAGACGCUUAAGCCGAGGGCGGUGAAGAGAGAGGGGCUGGAGGAGUUGGUUGAGGAGAUACUGGGGAUGGAUGAGAUGGCACGGGGAGAGAGGGAAGAGGGACAGUUGGAGGUCGAUGUAAUAGACCAGGCUAGACGAAGGGGGAGGACUGUGGAGGAAGAGGUGAAGAGGGCGGAGAGAAAGAGGGCGGAGAAGGUGUUGAGGUUGUUGACGUAG